GAGGGGUGUGCUCUAUGCAGGAAGUAAAUAAGAAGUUGAAGUCUUUACACUAUCAGUGCGUGCAGUGUAGUUCGUGAGUUUUGAAGUCCUGAUUUUUAGGGAAUCGGGUUUUGCUGCUUGUCAGUAGUGAACAUGGAAGACGUUGGGGACAUAGCUAUCAAUAUGUUUACUGUAUUCUUGUUUGUUGUGGUGGCGUUUAUUUUAUUGCCAUCAAUGUUUGGAAUAUCUUUGGGGAUUACAGAAACAUACAUGAAAAUCCUUGUGAAAACUCUGGAAUGGGCCACUUUAAAGAUACAGAAGAGAACCCAGGAAAAGAAGAAACGUCAGAGUAGCGCUUCAAAUGGAAUUAUACGACGAGAUGAAGCAACUUCCAUGGAAAAAGAGAUUGGAGGUUUGCGGAAAAGACCAAACAGCUGUCAUGGAGAAUUUGAGCUUGCUGAUGUUUUCUACUUCUCCAGAAAGGGAUUUGAAGCCAUUGUAGAUGAUGAAGUUACUCAAAGGUUCUCUUCAGAGGAGUUAGUUUCUUGGAAUCUCCUGACAAGAACAAACAACAAUUUCCAAUACAUCAGCCUACGUUUGACAUUGCUGUGGGGCAUAGGAGUCUUCAUUCGCUACUGCAUUUUACUACCAAUGCGUAUUACUCUGGCUUCUAUCGGGCUUAGCUGGCUUGUUAUUGGAACUACCCUAGUAGGCCAGUUACCAGAGAGCAGGACAAAAAACAAAUUAAGUGAACUGGUCCACUUGAUGUGCUAUCGGAUCUGUUGCAGAGGUUUGUCAGCUACAAUAAGAUAUCACAAUUUAGAGAACAAGCCAAAGAAAGGUGGUAUAUGUGUUGCAAAUCACACUUCUCCCAUUGAUGUGGUUAUCUUGGCUAAUGAUGGAUGCUAUGCUAUGGUUGGGCAGAUCCAUGGUGGGCUGCUUGGAGUUAUUCAAAGAGCUAUGGUGAAAGCUUGUCCGCAUGUGUGGUUUGAACGUUCUGAAAUGAAAGAUCGCCAUCUAGUGACAAAAAGACUGAAGGACCAUGUAUCUGACAAGAACAAGUUACCCAUUUUAAUUUUCCCAGAAGGUACAUGCAUAAACAACACUUCUGUAAUGAUGUUUAAGAAAGGAAGUUUUGAAAUUGGAGGAACAAUCUAUCCCGUUGCUAUUAAGUACAAUCCCCAGUUUGGAGAUGCAUUCUGGAACAGUAGCAAAUACAGUAUGGUGAGCUAUCUUCUUCGAAUGAUGACCAGCUGGGCCAUAGUUUGCAGUGUGUGGUAUCUGCCUCCAGUAACCCGACAGGAAGGUGAAGAUGCUGUCCACUUUGCAAACCGAGUGAAGUCUGAUAUUGCAAGACAAGGGGGAUUGGUUGAAUUGUCUUGGGAUGGGGGCCUGAAAAGGGCAAAAGUGAAGGACACUUUUAAGGAAGAACAACAGAAGAACUACAGCAGAAUAAUAGUUGGGGAUGAGAGCAGUUGAAGCAGAACAAGAGCUUGUCCAGCUAAUUCAGCAUCAGCGACUAGAUGUGAUGAAACUCUUGCAAUGGAAAUUGGAAUGAUAUGCUGCUUCAAGCACAUGAGAGUAAUUUAAGCUUGUGAAAAUUCAUGACCUGUGUAUUAGAACGUUCUUCACCAUUGCGUUAUUUCUUCUUUGAAAAAAAAUUAAGACUGUGACUGCACACACUAAUGUGCACAUCAUUCUCUCAGAAUCUCAGCUUUAACUGUUUGAUAUUGUUUAUACUAAAUAGGAAGCUUGUAAUUCUUGCAGCACCCAGGGCAGGGUAUACAAGCAGGUGGUGUUAACUGCUAACGUUCUAGUACAUUUUUUAAGUAUUUCAUUGAAAAACAUUAGGGUGGAGUCAUUCAGCUUUUUGUCUUAGAGGUAAUUUACUUUUUAGAGUAGCUGUGUUUUAUGUAGGGUAGCACAGAUUUUGAUCUGGGGGCUAGGGAUACAUGGAUUUAAACAAAUAUGCACUUCCCCACUGGUUCAAAGCUUACUGAGUUUUCUUUUAUAACAGAUUGUUAGCUAUGCCCACUACUGGCUAUUGCACCUGGAAAUAAUUUUGCAUACUGCUAAGCCGAUAGACAUCUCCGUUUGCCACAAAAGUAAUUUUAAUGACCUGAAUAAAACUCUGAAUGUUUGUAUGAGGCUGACUGCAGAUCUAAAACCUAAUCAUAUUCAGCCUUUUUCAGUUAUAUUAUGCUUUCUAUUAUAUUCUUUUAUAACACUACUUUUUUUUAGAGGUAGCUUUUUUCUGAAGGAAUUUGUGACACUGUUGUUGGCAAUGGUAGUAUGAUGUGAAAAAAUAAAUUGGCCAUACACGAUCUUGUAAAAAAAAUUGUUGUACUGCCAUUUUCAGGCGUUAAACUGAAAUGCCUUCUGUUAGUUGUUACUUUUGUUAUCAAAAAAUGUGGGCAAGCAUGACCACAGCUCAUUUCACUGCUUUUGUCUUGUUAAGUAGGUGGGUUGAUUGAUUCUGCAAACCCAUAGUCCCUGUGAUGCCACUAAGGUAGGCUUCUGUUUCAUGAUCAUAUUAAUGGCUGAGUUAGUCUCACUGAAAAAAGUUAGUUUUUGAUGUUCAGAUUUUAUUGGCAAAUAAUUAUAAGAGAAAUUCAUAUGUUAUCCUUACUUGGCAAUGACUAAGGAAUUAACAGGAUUAUGAUACAUAAUUUUGAAUGCUUUCAUUUUAGUCCUUUAGACGUUGUUACUCCUUGAAAAUGUUAGAGAAUGCUGCUGCAGCAUUGUGACAAAGACGUUUGCCUGCAGAUGCCCAUGAUAUGCAUGUCAUGUACUUGACAAGGUGAUGUCAGCACGACCUACACAGGUGCUGUAACCAAAACUCAUCAAUAAAUGUGCACAGAUUGUUGCCGGCCUUCUGAUGAGGUAGUAAUUUUCGGAUUGAAGCAAUACUCUUCUAACAGUUGCACUUCAUUAAGAAUGAAACAUAAUUCAUACAAAGGUUUACUAUCCUAAUUCAGACAUGCACUCUGUCGAGUCAUCAUGCGGUUGAUGGCGAAAAUGAAAAAGUUUUUUCAAUCCUAAUCUCGAACCAUGUUAAUCAAAUGUUCGGUAUUCACUGUUUUGAAAAUGUGCCCGUUGAACUGCAUGUGCCAUCUGAACAAUGAUAUUCAAGCUUUAGUACGGUAGGUUUUGAUGUUUCAAAUCUUUGAAAGUAUACCUUUAAUGUUACACUACUUGACCGAAUAGCCGAACUCACAUUUGUAUGCGGUUUACUGUGUGCAUGAAUAAAGCAACUGUUUUCAUGUAAAAGUGCACUGGAUCUGUUAAAAUAUGUUUCAUCACGCUAAUGUUAAUCAGUUUACAUCUGUUGUAAACAACAUAAGUUCUAAAUGAGUAAGAAAUGAGAGUCCUGCAAUAUUCUGCUGUUAAUAUUUUAGGGAACUAUGGUACAAGAAAAUAUAGAGAAAUUUUGAUCAAAUGCUAACAACCAUUGAUGAUGAUGUCCUUGUAAGAAGAAAGGAAAAUGCUAAAUAUUUUUCUGAGAAUCGUUGAAUUUGUUAGUAAGUAUGGAGAAAUUUCACCUUGGUGAUAGAAUUUUUGUACUUGCUAAAACUGCUGUAAUCUCGUUCAUAGAAAAUGAAACUGUUGAAAUGUAUGUGUUUUGUGAUUUUUUUUUUUAUGUAGUUGUGAGGAAAAUUGACUGCCUGUGUGGUAAUGUAAUAAAUGUAAGUAUAGUUGUUUGUGUCCUUA